GGGCAGACGCCAUUUUGGCCCCAGAGGUGCUUCUGGGAAGUAGAGCGCGGAUCUACACGCCUGCCUGCCUACCCGGUACAGCUUCUUGUGCCGGGGCUUUUAGGUAGAAGUGUUUGUGCCCGCCGCUGCUGCCGUUUUAUGCUACACACCCCCGAAACCCUCUAGUCGAGCGGGAGCCCCUGAGCAUCGGGCCGCGCCAUCGGGGGUCACAUUUCCAGGAAGGUGGUGACGGGGGCGGCGCGGGGCGCGGACACUCCCCGCCGAGAGCCCGCCUGCCAUGGAUUCGGAAUAUUUCAGCGGCGACCAGUCAGCAGAUGAUGGUGGCGCUACCCCAGUACAGGAUGAACGGGAUUCAGGGUCAGACGUUGAGGAUGAUGUAAAUGAGCAACACUCUGGAUCAGACACUGGAAGUGUAGAACGUCAUUCAGAGAAUGAACCUAGUGAUCGAGAGGAUGGCCUCAACAAAAGACACCAUGUGACAGAUUCUGAGAAUGAUGACCCCUCAAAUCUUAAUGCCAGUGACUCUGAGAGUGAGGAGCUUCAAAGGCAAAAGGACAGUGACUCUGAAUCUGAAGAACACGCAGAGCCUCCUGCAAGUGAUUCUGAAAAUGAGGACACUAAUCAGCAUGGGAGCGACUCUGAGAGUGAGGAGACCAGGAAGUUACCUGUCAGUGACUCUGAAAAUGAGGAACUUCUUAACGGGCAUGCAAGUGACUCAGAAAAUGAAGAUGUUAGGAAGCAUCCUGCCAGUGAUUCAGAAAUGGAAGAGCUCCCCAAAAGUCCUGCCAGUGACUCUGAAACAGAGGAUGCUUUAAAACCUCAAAUCAGUGACUCUGAAAGUGAGGAACCUCCACAGCACCAAGCCAGUGAUUCUGAAAACGAGGAGCUUCCCAAAUCUCGAAUUAGUGAUUCCGAAAGUGAGGAGCUUCCUAAGCCUCGGGUCAGUGACUCUGAAAGUGAGGAGCCUCAGAGGAUUCAGGCCAGUGACUCAGAAAAUGAGGAGCUUCCCAAACCCCGUAUCAGUGACUCAGAAAGUGAGGACCCACCAAGGCACCAAGCCAGUGACUCAGAAAAUGAGGAGCUUCCCAAACCCCGUAUCAGUGACUCAGAAAGUGAGGACCCACCAAGGCAUCAAGCCAGUGACUCAGAAAAUGAGGAGCUUCCCAAACCUCGGAUUAGCGAUUCGGAAAGUGAGGACCCCCCAAGGAACCAGGCCAGUGAUUCAGAAAAUGAGCUUCCCAAGCCCCGAGUCAGUGACUCUGAGAGUGAGGAGCCUCAGAAGGGACCUGCCAGUGAUUCUGAAACUGAGGAUGCCUCCAGACACAAACAGAAGCCAGAGUCAGAUGAUGAUAGUGAUGGGGAGAAUAAGAGAGAGGAUAUAGAAAUGCAGAAUGACUCCUUUCAUUCAGAUAGCCAUGUAGACAGAAAAAGGAUCCAGAGUUCUGACAGCGAGGAGGAAGAACCCAAAAGGCCAAAAAUUGACAGUGAUGAAGAUGAAGAAAAAGUCGGGGAGGAGGAGAAAGUAGCGAAGCGAAAAGCUGCUGUGCUUUCUGAUAGUGAAGAUGAAGAGAAAGCAUCAGCAAAGAAGAGUCGUGUUGUCUCUGAUGCAGAUGACUCUGACAGUGAUGUUAUAUCAGACAAAUCAGGCAAAAGAGAGAAGACUCUAGCAUCUGACAGUGAAGAAGAAGUAGGGAAAGAAGAGUUGUCUGAUAAGAAAAAUGAAGAGAAGGAUCUGUUUGGGAGUGAUAGUGAGUCUGGGAAUGAAGAAGAAAAUCUUAUUGCAGACAUAUUUGGAGAAUCUGGCGAUGAAGAGGAAGAAGAAUUUACAGGUUUUAACCAAGAAGAUUUGGAGGAAGAAAAAAGUGAAACACAGGUAAAAGAAGCAGAAGAUUCAGAUUCUGAUGAUAACAUAAAGAGAGGAAAACAUAUGGACUUUCUGUCGGAUUUCGAGAUGAUGUUGCAGCGGAAAAAGAGCAUGAGCGGCAAGCGCAGGCGUAACCGAGAUGGUGGUACUUUUAUUAGUGACGCUGAUGACGUAGUGAGUGCUAUGAUUGUCAAGAUGAAUGAGGCUGCGGAGGAAGACAGACAGUUGAACAAUCAAAAAAAGCCAGCACUGAAAAAAUUAACAUUAUUACCUACUGUGGUCAUGCACCUUAAGAAGCAGGACCUUAAAGAAACAUUUAUUGACAGUGGUGUCAUGUCUGCCAUCAAAGAAUGGCUCUCCCCUCUACCAGAUAGGAGUUUGCCAGCAUUGAAGAUUCGAGAGGAGCUAUUGAAGAUUCUGCAAGAGCUACCUAGUGUGAGCCAGGAGACCCUGAAGCAUAGUGGGAUUGGACGAGCAGUGAUGUAUCUCUAUAAACACCCCAAGGAAUCAAGGUCCAACAAGGAUAUGGCAGGGAAAUUAAUCAAUGAAUGGUCUCGGCCUAUAUUUGGUCUUACCUCAAACUACAAAGGUAUGACAAGAGAAGAAAGAGAGCAGAGAGAUCUAGAACAAAUGCCUCAACGACGGAGAAUGAACAGCACUGGUGGUCAGACACCCCGAAGAGACCUGGAAAAGGUGCUGACAGGAGAAGAAAAGGCCCUCAGACCUGGAGAUCCUGGAUUCUGUGCCCGAGCAAGGGUCCCCAUGCCCUCAAACAAGGACUACGUUGUCAGACCUAAGUGGAAUGUGGAAAUGGAGUCAUCCAGGCCUGGUAUUCUUAAAAAGGGCCUAAGCCGAUUGGAAAAGCAUAAGAGGCGAUUUGCAGAACAGAAACGACUCAGCAAAGUGCACCGUGCUGUCAAGUUCAGCAUUGAAGGCAACAGGAUGCCCCUGUAGUCCUGGCCCAACCAGAGUGUAUCCGGGAGGUAUCCCCAAGGAAGCAUGCUCUGUGCAUGAGCUUGAAUUGUCAGCAGCUAGAGUGAAAAUAAGUGUGCGUGUGCUUUCCUAACCAGAAAAGGCUCAGCCCACUUCUAGUUACUGAAAUAAUGACCUUAACAAACACUUCAUGACUUUCAAGUUCUGUUGAACAUUUAGAAAUUGAAAUGGAAGUCCCUUCCUUUAUUAGUACCCCAGAAACUCAUGGAUAAUUCCCUGAUAAGCAUUUUGAUCUUCCUGUUACCCAUUUUUAUUAAAAAAUCUUUUUUAGGGUCCAGAAUCAUAGUGGUCUGCAUUACAAGCAUGUAAAGUGAUGAGUAGCUUCUUGAUGGAAGGGAGGUGACUUUUCCUCCCAUUGUCAGUGGCUCAUCAGUGUGCAUUUGAGAGGACCCAUUGCAUAAAGCCUCCCACUAAAUAGUUAAGAGAUAAAUUUGAUUAAUACAUACUUAAUACAUGGUUAGAAAUGAAAAUGUUGGGACCCUUCCUUAAAGCCACACUCACUCCCUGCUGUGCUCUGAGAUGAAUAGUGCUACCUUUGUAGCAGUGUGCUCUUGAGAGUCUGAGUGUGUUGCCUUCCUUUUGUGACUUCUCCAUGACCCCUGCUUGGGCAGCUAUUUUCAUGGACUACACUCACCUUUGUACCAGUUCAUUUUUGAUAUUAAGCUGCAAUCAAAACAAAGCACACUUUCUACUUAGAAUAAAUGAGAGGUAGAAGAGCACUACUUCAGUGCCAAGAACUUUUUCAUACUUCCUUCCCCUAUUUUGUACUGUUACCCAUAUCCACAUCCCUUGAUACCCCUUCUCUUCCUCAGCCGCUUCUUUCUUUUUACCUUUCCUUUUUCCACUGUCUUUUCCCCUCUUGCUGUCCCUCUUAGUAGUAUUUUUUCUUCCCCAGCACACUUAGGUUUGAGAAUUGAGAACGGUAAGACAGAGAAAAUGUAAUUUAAAAAAGUCUCAGUGGCCAUUCUUCUUUGGAAGCCUAGCUGUGUUCUGAAAGGCAUGUGCCUGUCUGCCAGUGUUGCUGGUUCUGAUUCCAUUCUCCCAGUAGGUGAUGGGCAGGUGGAAAGAAGUAGCCUAGUUUUCUGCUAGAGCAGAGCAGUGACUAGCAGGCAGAGAGGCAAGUACAAGCUGCUUUCCUUUCCUUCAUCCCAGCACUCCCGAGAUCAUAAUGUGCCAGUACUAUCUAAGUCCAAGUCUAGGCAUGUUUGGGGGCCUGGUGGUUUCAUGUUACAUUCUAGGGUAUUGUCCUUAAACCACCUGACACUCUUUCCCUGUUCAGGAAGAAUCCUUAUGCAUUCACUCAGGGCUUCCACAUUGCAGACACUAAUGAGUAUUAUUAGAAAACAUAUUUUCCAGAAGAAAAUUGGAGUGAGUAAAUGGCUUUCAAAUGAAACUCUUUGUUUUAAAUGUCAUUUUUAUUUUUGAAAGUACAUAAGUAAAUAUAAAACGCUAUAGAAUAACCCCAUCGCAAAGCCCUGCUCUUCUCAAAGUCCCCAGUGUUAACAGUUUGUUGUGUUAAAUGUAUUCCCAGUAAUGCUUCAAAUUUGUUUUUUUGUGGUUAUAAUUACAGAAAAUUUUGAGAUUAGAAAGAGAAAUCAGCCACCAUUCAAAAGCAGUUUGUUACAAUUUUUGCCCUUUUUUUCUAUUGAUACUUUUAUAAUACUGUAUAUAAUUUUGGUCAUUUCCCCUCAUUAAGCCACCUUAUCAUUUGUCUUUUAUAUGGGCUGCAUAAUGGUCUAUCAUGUGAAUAUAUAAUUUAUUUAUUCCUCUAUGGUUUCCGAUUUUUCACUCCUAAAUAAUGCAGUAACCUACACUACAUUGUAUAUUUAAAUGUUAAUUUAUUCCAUGGAGUGCUUUUAAGAUAAUAGUAAAAUGACAAACGCAAUGUAUGUUUUUAUAUAAACUUUUAAAUGCAGAAAGCACAAAUAAAAUUAAUGUCACUUGUAAUUCCACUACACCUUAAUAUUAACAUUUUGGGCUAUUUCCUUUUUGUCCUUUUUAUAUUGUACAUAAACAUUACUGGUUUUGUGGUUUGGUGUUUUUGUUUCAACUUUUAUGCAAAAUUGUUGUUUUAUACUUUGUUGGAUUUUUGUUUUACUAAAUAUGGUAAAAAUUCAUUUAAGUAAACAUUCUUCAGUGACUUAAUAUUGUGUCAUAAUACAGUUGUACCAUAGU